CUACCACCGUCCCAAAUUCGCCUGGUGGGAAUCAAUUAAAUACCCGGCACUGGACUGCACCGGCGAACAUUCGACCGAAGCAUUUUGUGAACGCGUCCAUCACUCGCCCAACACUCAACGGUAUAACACGUACAAAACGUCACCGAGUCUCUUCGACAAGUUUCGUGUAAUAUAUAUAUAUAUAUAUGUAUAUAUAUAUCACGUUUUGAAUUAUUGUUAUACAAACAGGUCAUCGUUCGUCUCUUUUUCCGAUCGCUUUUUUACGUAUUGUGCCUUCCAGUUUGUUGUGACUUUUGCGAAUUUUGUUAUUCGUUCAAUAGUUCGCUGCACAGCCAUCAUAUACGCCGUCGACGAAUCCCAAGCCAACAGAUUUUUAAAUCAUCGACAAAAACAAAAUAUACACAAUGAACAAAUUACUAUCAAUUGCCGUCUUGUUGACUGUAACUGUUUGCUCGUGCCAUGGUAAUUUUAAUCGUAGAAGUAUCAGAUCAGCAGGAACUGAGGUUUCUGUCAACGUAGACGACCCGAUUGACACAAUCGCAUCCCGAGAUUCGGCAGCCGCAGAUACUUUUGAUGUAUUUACAGCCAGGGCCAAGAAGGGCGGCCACAAGAGCAAGAUGGAGGCCAUGCACAUGGGCUUGAGCUACGUGAAAAUGGUGCUCAGCACGCUGAUGGCGGCCAUCGGACACGUGUUCGCGUUCAAGAGCGUCGGGCUGAGCCUGAUCAGCGUGCUCAUCCAGAUCGCGCAGUUCAUCAUGGUGCUGAAGAAGAACCGGGACAGCCAGCCGCCGUCGUACAAGAUCGUGGAGACCCCGUGGCACACGUCGCCCACCGAGUCGUACGGCGCUUACGGUUCGUACGCCGGCCACGCCAAGUCGGCCGCCGCGGUCGACUAUUCGGCGUACGCCGCCGCGUUGCCGGCCAGGAGACGCCGGUGAUGACGGCAGGAUAAUAAUAUAAUAUUAUUGUUACGAUGAUGUGUAUUGACGUCCGAUCCACACGGGAAACCCGACUGCGCAGGAGGAGGACAGACGACAUAAUAUUUUAUAUCGUGUAUAUACCACCUGUCUUUAUAUUAAUAAAUAAGUAAACGACAACGGCAACACACCGCCAUCGCUGCAAAAUAUGCCAUCCACCGUCAUCGCGGAGGCAUUACAAUUUAUAUACAUCAUCACGUCAUAUAACCGCGAAACAUAACAUUUCGGCCAUUUUUUAAUUUUUAUUAUUAUUAUCAUCAUAUACUAUAAUAUAUUUAUUUAUGUAUUUUAUUUAUCACGUGUGAUGUGUACGCGCGCGUACAUAUAUAUGAAUAAAUUAUUUAUUAUUAUCAUUA